UGCAUUUUCCGUUGUACCAAUAUACACCUUAAAUAUAGAUUCUAUGUACUUAAAAUUACAACUCCAUACAUAUUUGAAUUAGUUACCUUAGAGUAUUAUACGAUAAUAACAUACUUUAUAGGCUAUAUAAUUCUGAUUGUAAUUGCAAAUUUUAUGGUUUGCGUUUAAUGUUAGUAUUUGUUUUAAUAUUGGAAAAUACAUUAUUAGUCAACAGACACAGGAACAGACAUGAUUUUGAUAUAUCAUUUUUCCUUGUUCUUACUGAGAUGCUGGCGGCAUUUCCUCGUUGUAUCGCAAUACUGAUACAUUGUGAGAGGAAGCCGCCAGCUCUUCGGUCGCCAGUUACGCCAACCAGACGCUUCGCGAAUUCUCCUAAAAACUUCGCGCUGGGACCCCAUGGACCUAGAGUUUCAACGCCAAAUGGUACAAAAUGUUGUCCCAUUCAGCUAUAGCCUCCUGAACUAUACUUUCAACGAAAACCUAAUUCCUCACAGCAUGAAGGAGUUUCAACAGCAAACAAGGGAAUUUGCGUUCACGAACCCCCUCACGCCAACAGAAUUAGAAAACAUGAUCGCUAACACAGAGAGCGUCAUACCAAACUUUGAGCUUGACUCAAUCAAUGAUACUGCGCAUCGUUUUGAAAAAUUAAAAGUUAUUUAUGAGAAUAAAAAAGAAAAGUUUGCGACAGCCUUUACAACGACGUCCAUGAAAAAUAUAUUAAGGAAUAAAAAAAAAAGUGUGACGACGACGGUGGAUCCCGCUAAACGAAUGAACGCAAAUGCUUUGAACAGAGCCUUCGAUUUGAUGACCCAGUUUGUUUACGCAGCAAGGUAUAAAUUAACAUACGGGCAAGCAUUAAGAUUGCACUACAAAUCCACUCUUGAAUAUAAAAUCGGUUACUGCUUCGCUCUUAUGAGGGAUAUCAGACAGCAGCAGCUAGCACUGUUCUCGACCAUGCACUAUAAUUACAAGCAACAUGUUGAAAAUCUACACGGCAAAAAAACUUAUAAAUCGUUCGCUGAUAUCGCCUCAUAUUUUCAACUGUACGAGAAGAUAGUGAAACUUGACGUAGACAUGAAAGACGUGGUAGCGGUGACCCAAGAAUUAAUGGACAAGAGGUGGAUACCGAAGAGAAAUUUGUCUCAUACAACUGAUGCUCCUAGUACUGAUAAUUCUGUAUCAUAUUGAACAUUGCGAGAAAGUGCUCGGGAAUGUUCACCGAAACUGAAAUUUCCGAGAAAGUACAAAAUAUGUGUACGAA